AUCAAUGGUAUUUUUCAUAUAGGCCUUCUGUAGGCCCCUGUAGAAUCGGUUCUGUUAUCAUUUUCUGCUUCAUCGUAUCCAUCGCACAUCAUGAUGUAUUCGUAUUCAGAUGUUGCCGUUUCCUUCGUUCUCCUCUGUAUAUCUGUCAUAUUUUGUCAGAUGCUUCGUGUCAUAUCUAGGACGAUUUUGCCAGUUAAAUAUCAGCAGUAUAGUGCGGAGGUGGUAUCGACUUUUCAACUAGUCGUUGGUUUUAUGGAAGGAGAUAUCAUCCUGGAACUAUUAGGUCCCUCGGGUUAUGCCAUCUUCCUUUUCUUCCUUAUUAUUUCUUUUAUUCUGACGUUUGAUGGUGCGGCCGAUCCAGGUAACACAUUCUACGAGUUUCUGAUAGGCAAUGUGGACAGUAGGACUGCGGUGUGUAAGGUCGUAUGUCAAGUAAUCGGGGGACAGUUCGCGUUCCCGUGGGUGAGGAUGCUUUGGAGGGCAGAGAUGUCAAAUCCCCAUGCCGCUCAAGUGCCCCUUAUGGAUAGUGUAUGUCCAUCGUGCUUGCAUGUGUCACUGAUGUCGGGGGCAAUAGCUGAAAUGGUAGCUACGUUCACAUAUUCGUUUGUAAUGGCCCUUGAAGUCGUUGGUGGUAAAAUGGAACGCUACGUUGAUGCCGGAAUUCAAGUAUUCAUUAUAAUGAUAGGGUAUACAUGGACGGGAAUGAUGUUUAACCCAGCUCUGGCAUCAGCUUUGACGUUUAACUGCCAUAACCAUCCCUUCUACGAGCAUGUGACCGUGUAUUGGCUGGGACCGUUAACCGGCGUAUUAUUUCAUUAUCUGCUAAAACACCAUUCAAAAGAACACAAGCAAAAAGACACUACUGUUACAUCUCGCAGCCAAGGAAAACUUGAAAUGUCAUAUAGUAUUAUAGGCCUAUCUUCGAAGUCUAAUUAUAACUAUACUUUGAACACUGACAAAAAAGAUGAAUGAAAAGUCUCUCAAUGACUGCUGCCUGCGCUUGCGGUACUGAGUCGUGAUGGUUGGCUACUGUUUGGUGAAUGAUUGGGCCUUUAAUUUGCCGAUUUAAAUCAUGAAAAGAUGAGUAACAGAAUGAUCUGACUUGUUACAUCGUGGUUCUGUGGGAUUUUCUAUUUUUGCAGUGGAACAUUGACACGUUUUUCUGGAAAUUUUAUCAACACAAUGUAAUGUUUUUGAGAUUGAACGCAAAGCUAGAAUGAAUUAAACAUGCAGAAGAUCAUCAGUGGAAA